AUGUCAUCCUCUUCGCAUGCUCCUGCUGCUCCUAUCCCCAUCUCAUCACCUCCCUCCUCUUCACUCCACCGCAAUACAUCAACAUCCAGAGGACCUAGACGCCAGUCCACAUCGACGGGAACGAGCUCGGGAGGUCUUGGCAGAAGACCGUCGCGGGUCGUACAUCCUCCCAUGGUGCCGAAGAUCUUAUCCCAUGACGAGGCUGUCGAAGCACUCCGGAGCUUUCUGAGAGAACGCUCGAGUUAUGAUGUAUUUCCAGUAUCAUUUCGGCUGAUCGUCCUGGAUACGACUUUGAAAGUUAAGAAGGCCCUGGAGGUCAUGUUGUUGUACAAUGUGGUAUCUGCCCCGUUGUGGAACACAGCAGAGGCAAAAUUUGCCGGGAUGUUCACCGUCCAAGAUGUCAUCCACCUGAUACAGUAUUAUUAUCACACCUCAAGUUGGGAAGGCGCGGCCGCAGACGUUGAACAGAUCAGAUUGUUCCGUAUCAGAGAGGUCGAAAAGACUCUCAGCGUCCCUCCACCGCCACUCCUUUCCGUCCAUCCCCUCAGACCUCUCUACGACGCCUGUAGAUUCCUCAUUCGCACACAUGCUCGUCGUUUACCUCUGAUAGACAAGGACACACAGACCAAUGGAGAAGUCGUCAUUUCCGUCUUGACCCAGUACAGAGUGCUCAAGUUCAUCGCCACGAAUUGUCGCGAUAUCACCCAGUACCUCACCUCGACGCUUCAGGAUCUCGGAAUCGGCACAUACGUUUCGCCCGAGCACGACUCUAACAGUGAAAAUCAAUUCUACCCCAUCGCUACGGCUACGAUGCAGACUGCCGUCUUCGAUGUCGUUCAUAUGUUUUCGGAACGAGGUAUCUCCGCUGUCCCGAUAGUGGAUGAUAAUGGCAAAGUCUUGGACCUCUACGAGACAGUCGAUGUCAUUACGCUGGUCCGCAAUGGCGCUUACCAAGCCUUGGACCUCACCAUCGCUCAAGCUCUGAAACAACGUACAGCCGACUUCCCCGGAGUGGUGACUUGCUCUCCGAAGAGCUCACUCAGUGCCGUAUUCAGCCUUAUCAGAAUGAGGAGGGUGCAUCGAUUGGUUGUCGUUGCUGGACCUGAGGAUUCUCAACCCGGAAGAUUAGUCGGUAUAAUCUCCCUCAGUGAUAUUAUGAGGUCUUUGAUGGGCAACGACGUGCCUCUCGGUGGCAGUGGUAUAGGGGCUGUCCCAAUCGAUAGAGAAUUACGAGAAGAGGCUGCAGAGACCGGUCAUGAGCCGUUCACUCUGGGUCAGAGUGUAGAAUGA